AUGGCGGGACUUUUCCGCGUCUUCUGUGAGUUGUGCAAAGGCUUUACAUCACAUCUCGCUAGCUUCAUCCUCAGUACGCUCUCUUCGUUCGCUACACUAUUCUCAACACAUACCGUGUCACGCGCCACAGCCGCCGAAAACGCAAUUCGAUCCGGGGAUACGGUUUCUGUCUUCGAUCCAAACACCAACUCUGAGUGGACGGGCACCGUCGGUUGUUUCCUCAAGGAUGCACGCAAAGGAACAUACUACGCAGUGACAGCUGGACGCGUUGCCGGUCCUCCGGGAUGCCUCUACACACUAAAAAACCGCCGAUUCCCUCGCGCUGUCAUUCGGGCCACCCACGUUCCGAACUUCCGUACAAGCCUCUACGAUGAACUCGCGAGCGAAGUCGCCUUACUGGAAGUUGCUCCCGAAGACGCCAGUGCCAUUGACGCCCUCAUCCCACGACUGGACGUGAACGGUUUCGGCGGCGGAGCACCUCGUUACCUGGACUUGCAGCAUCACCGUGCGCGAUGGAGCGCAAUCUGGAAGCGAGUAGACGAUGAACGUGGUAUUCGAGUUUACAAAGAGGGUGAAGCUACAGGGCAUACAGUGGGUACGCUGUAUAAGGUCGUUCAUGAGUUGCCUGCGGCGCAUCUGGGUGGUAACCAUCCGCACCCUGAUGAAGAAGAACUGGACAGUCCUUCUGGCCAGAGGUAUCAAGAGACAAUUGCGGGCGACCAUGACAGACGAUGGGUUGGGGUGGUCAAGCGGAGCGACCACACGUUUACGGGCCCCGGGGAUAGUGGCGCUCUUGUCUAUGCCAUUGAGGACAGCUGUGUUGUACCCCUCGGCAUUCACAUAUGUAUUGAGGACGGUGACAGUAUAUUCCUGUCAAUUGAGACGUUCAUGCUGGAGGGUAUACUGUAUGGCCUGGAUUUGCAGUUUGCGUAG